AGCAUACGUACGACAUCUCUAAGAUGAGACGCCACAAAGAGAGAAGAAUAUGUUUGGCUUCUUUCUAUCUCCCGAUAACUCCUAAGCAUCAACUAUGGCUUCUCUUCUCACCAACGGAAUCUCACGCUUCUGUCCUCAAUCCAUCACUGAGCAACCUAUACUCUCAAAAGGGUCCAACUUUUUGCCUAAUUCAGCUGCCCCCAGAAUCUCAAAUUCAGGUAAUUUCAAGAUUAGAGCUGCUAAUAUUGAGGCUCCAGGUAAAGAAUCAUCUUUUUCUAUGUCAAAUGACGAGGACCCACUUCAGAAAUUCUUGAAAAGAGAUUAUAAAUGGGGUUUCAAUGAAAAUAUUGAAUCUUUUGCACUGCCAAAAGGGCUUUCUGAGGAAAUUAUAAGGUUGAUUUCAUCAAGAAAGAAUGAGCCUGAGUGGAUGCUUGAGUAUAGAUUGAAAUCCUAUGAGAAAUUUGUUAAAAUGAAAGAGCCUAAAUGGUCCGAUAAUCAGUACCCAGAAAUUGAUUUUCAAAAUAGUUGUUAUUAUUCAGAACCUAAAAAGAAACCAACUUUGAAUAGUCUUGAUGAGGCUGACCCUGAGCUUGUAAGGUAUUUUGAUAAAUUGGGUAUUCCUUUGAAUGAAAAAAAUCGUUUAGCAAAUGUUGCAGUUGAUGCUGUUCUUGAUAGUGUUUCUAUUGCUACAACUCAUAGGAAGACUUUAGAGAAGUCUGGUGUGAUUUUUUGUUCAAUUUCCGAGGCUAUUAGGGAGUAUCCAGAUUUAGUCAGGAAGUAUUUGUUUAGAGUUGUGCCCCCGGAAGACAAUUUUUACGCAGCUCUUAAUUCAGCUGUGUUUAGUGAUGGAUCAUUUGUGUAUAUACCCAAGAACACCAAGUGUCCUAUGCAAAUAUCUACUUAUUUUAGAAUAAAUGCAAUGGAAACUGGACAAUUCGAGAGGACUUUGAUUGUUGCGGAUGAAGGGAGUUUUGUGGAGUAUUUAGAAGGGUGUACAGCACCUUCAUAUGAUACAAACCAGUUACAUGCUGCUGUGGUGGAAUUGUAUUGCCAUGAAGGUGCAGAGAUUAAGUACUCCACCGUGCAGAAUUGGUAUGCUGGAGAUGAGGAAGGGAGAGGAGGGAUUUAUAAUUUUGUUACAAAGAGAGGACUUUGUGCUGGGGCUCGAUCGAAGAUAUCCUGGACACAAGUUGAGACCGGCUCAGCUAUUACCUGGAAGUAUCCAAGUGUUGUGUUAGAGGGUGAUGAAUCGGUUGGUGAAUUCUAUUCUGUGGCAUUGACCAACAACUAUCAGCAGGCAGAUACAGGAACGAAGAUGAUACACAAAGGAAAGAAUACAAGGAGUAGGAUUAUUUCGAAGGGUAUUUCAGCAGGAAAUUCUAGAAACUGUUACAGAGGACUAGUUCAAGUCUUAUCAAAUGCAGAGAAUGCGCGGAAUUCCUCCCAGUGUGAUUCAAUGCUCAUCGGUGAUCAAGCUGCAGCCAACACUUAUCCAUAUAUUCAGGCCAAAAACCCCACUGCACGGAUAGAACAUGAAGCCACAACUUCAAAGAUUGGUGAAGAUCAGUUGUUCUACUUCCGGCAGAGAGGAAUUGACUAUGAGAAAGCAAUGGCUGCAAUGAUCUCUGGGUUUUGCAGAGACGUGUUCAAUGAACUUCCUGAUGAAUUUGGUGCUGAGGUGAACCAAUUAAUGAGCUUGAAGCUUGAAGGGUCUGUAGGUUAAACAAAGUUGACUGCUGGUGUGGAAAUUCUGAACUUUGUAGCCAUUUGGUUUUGUCAUCUGUAAAGUUGUAAUAGUAUCCUACCCAAACUUUUGUCAUCUGUAAAGUUGUAAUAGUAUCCUAAUGUGUCAAGGCAUUAUCUUCUGAUC